CGUCUGGUUAGUUGCAGUCGUUGGAAUUAGUGAUCAAUGGUUUUCGUAGAUUUCGUACGAUAUUGUAGAUUCACCUAGGCGGUGUGUGGCUUGGUGUUGUUAAAUAUGACAAUGAAGGGAAUUUUGUCUACAUUGUAUGUUUGUUUUAUUUUCAUAUUAUGAAAGUGUAUUACUGUAUUACUUUGUGUACCAAUUUCCUGUCAGAGAACGAACUCUUAAUUAAACAGUUUUAAAACAUGUCAAUGAGAUAUCUUUCGGAAGUGCUGUGUGUAAUGUUUGUCACCCUGGGGGGUUAAUGUUUAUGGCGAUGUAGGUUGUAAAGGAGCCAGAUGUUAUUUAUUUUAAUUUUAGGACGUAACGUAUUAUCAGUUUUAACUUCGUAAUGGCUCACGGAUCCGGAAUCUUAUCGUCUGAUAUCAGCAGAAGAAAUCCACAAGAUGAGUAUGAACUGAUUCAGCGAAUAGGAAGUGGGACGUAUGGAGAUGUUUACAAGGCAAAGCGGCUAAAUACAAAUGAUCUAGCAGCCAUCAAAGUAAUCAAAUUAGAGCCAGGUGACGACUUUGCCAUCAUCCAGCAAGAAAUCCUUAUGAUGAAGGAUUGUCGGCACCCAAACAUAAUUGCAUAUUAUGGCAGCUACCUACGCAGAGACAAAUUGUGGAUUUGCAUGGAAUAUUGUGGUGGCGGAUCCCUUCAAGAUAUAUAUCACAUUACAGGUCCACUGACUGAACCACAAAUUGCUUAUAUGUGUAAGGAGACUUUACAUGGGCUGGCAUACCUACACAGCAUGGGGAAGAUGCAUAGGGAUAUAAAAGGUGCCAAUAUCUUACUAACUGAAUCAGGUGAUGUGAAGCUUGCUGAUUUUGGAGUGUCUGCACAAAUUACAGCAACAAUCAACAAAAGGAAGUCAUUCAUAGGAACACCAUAUUGGAUGGCACCGGAAGUUGCAGCUGUUGAGAGGAAGGGAGGCUACAAUCAGUUGUGUGACAUCUGGGCCAUUGGCGUAACUGCAAUUGAGCUUGCAGAGUUGCAGCCUCCAAUGUUUGAUCUCCACCCUAUGAGGGCACUUUUUCUUAUGUCAAAAAGUGGCUUCAAGCCACCUACAUUAAAGGAUAGAGACAAAUGGAGUCCUACCUUCCACAAUUUUGUUAAAGUAGCAUUAACUAAAAACCCCAAAAAAAGGCCAACAGCAGAAAAACUAUUACUGCAUCCAUUUUUCCAAAGUGAAAUGAGUAAAAGACUUGCACUGGAGCUACUACAGAAAGUAAGCAAUCCAUCACAUAUGUUCACCGAAUUGGAGGCAGAUGAUGAUGGGGCGGUUCCAAAUGUUCCUCAGAGAAUAGCAUCAAAACACACGUCGGCUCGAGCAAAGGCAAGACCGAUAACAGAUGUCAGUAUCAACCAUAACAGAGAGAGUUCAGACAGUGAUCAAACACUCCAUAGAGGAAGUGAUGCAGUGCCACCCAUGUCCUCCCAUUAUGCGGAUGUUUCAAGAGCAUGGGAUAUUAUGGAUAUUAUGAAUAAUAUGGAGACAGUACAUAACUGUGAUAAUCCAGACUGGAUCAAAGAGAGUCCUUUUGAAGAAACUGGCCACACACAUGAAAAACCCAGCACUCCUCAGCAAUGUGCUAGCUACUUAAAUUGUGAGAAGGAGUGUCAGGAACACUUGAUGCAUUCCUGCAAACCACGUCUUACUGGGACAGCCAUCUAUAGAAUGUCUCUAAGGAGUCUUUUGCAGUACAUUGAUGAAGAGCUUAUGCUAAGGGGAAACCGAGUACACCAACUGUCUGCACAGGAAGACUUGUAUUCACAACAAGCAACACUGCCAGUUGGGGACUCAGCAAAUUCAACUAGUCAUGAGCACCAAUGUGACAUUCACAGGGGUAUCAACUAUUUUAGUCAUGUUUCAGGGGCGGGAGGUUCCCCAAGAAGGCAUAGUUCAAUGGAUGAAAUGUUUGGACUAGUGGCAACAUUGACAUUGAACGGCCAGCGUCAGCGAUCACUUAGUGAUAGUGGUGCAUCCAACAAGGACUCUUGCACCAAUGGUGAUGCCUUGGGUUCAGGGCCAGAGCCUGACCUUCUCUCCGACACUCCACCAGUUCCACCUAGACGAAGGGAGAAGAAACGGCAUACUCCUCCACGCCCUGUCAGUAAUGGACUUCCUCCUACUCCAAAGGUCCAUAUGGGAGCUUGUUUCUCCAAGGUGUUUAAUGGGUGUCCUCUCCGUAUACACUGCACUGCAAGCUGGAUCCAUCCGGACACAAGAGACCAACAUAUUCUCAUAGGUGCUGAAGAGGGCAUCUACAAUCUCAACCUCAAUGAACUUCAUGAAACUGCCAUAGAUCAACUGUAUCCGCGCAGAACGAUAUGGAUGUAUGUCAUUAAGGAUGUCCUGAUGUCAUUAUCAGGUAAAACACCCCAGCUGUACCGACACGACUUACUGGCAUUGCAAAGCAAGCAGACACACAGGUUCUCACUUCAUAUGAAUAAAAUUCCAGAGAGACUAGUACCCCGGAAAUUUGCACUCACUACCAAAGUCCCUGACACUAAAGGAUGUACAAAGUGUUGUGUUGGUAGAAAUCCUUACAAUGGUUACAAGUACCUAUGUGGGGCUAUGCCAUCUGGAAUUUUCCUUAUGCAGUGGUAUGAUCCUCUCAACAAAUUUAUGCUUCUAAAGCAUUUUGAAUGCAUUCUGCCGACACCGCUAUCAGUAUUUGAGAUGAUCAUCACCCCCGAAAUGGAGUAUCCUAUGGUGUGUGUUAGUGUCAAGCAGGCCUACGAACAAAACAGGUUGAAGCUUGACCUGAUGAACAUGAAUUCGGGUGCCAGUUGGUUUCAUAGUGAUGAACUGGAAGACAUGGAUGGAACAGCUACAGUUAUACCUCGACGAGAAAACAUUAAUGUCAUUAGUGUGUCACAACUGGAGAAAGAUGCCAUCUUAGUUUGCUAUGACAAUAUGGUUAAAAUUGUGACACUUCAAGGGAGACCAAAAUCUAACAGAAAACAGUUACCGCAGCUAAAUUUUGAUUUUACAGUGGAAUCAAUUGUCUGUCUGCCAGAUAGUGUAUUGGCAUUUCACAAGCAUGGUAUGCAGGGUCGCGGUUUCAAGAAUGGAGAAGUAACACAAGAAAUAGUGGACCAAAGCAGAGUGUAUAGGUUGCUUGGUUCAGACAAGGUUGUGGUGCUGGAGAGUCACCUGUGUCAAGAAGUAACUAGAGGAGGGACUUUGAAUGAGGAGGGAGCAGACCUCUAUAUUCUGGCAGGGCAUGAAGCAAGCUAUUAAGUAAACUGUGGAGAUGGUUGUGAGCCAGUUCUUCAAAUUUUGAGUGGUAUCUUACUGGCUGUGUAUGAAGUGCACUACAAACAAAGGUUUGUUGGGAACACCUGCAUGUGAACCAGUAACACAGAAACUGGUACAUGCAACACGCUCGAGGUCGGAUUAACAUGAUACUGGAACACAGCAUUCAAAUAUCAUGCCAGUUCAUAUCUGUUAUAUUAACACUAUAUCACGGUCCCAGAAAUUAAGGAUUUCCAUUUUAAUAAAUAAUUCAUUGCCACAUCAAUGUAAGAAGAUGUGGUUGGUUCUUCAUAUUUUGUGUGGGAGUUUUAGAAUGUAUGUUUAGAUUUAUUUGUAUGUCUGUGUGUAUGGUUCGUCUGUGUUUAUGGCAUGAGAGCAGUACAUAUAAAAUUAACUGUACUGACAGUGCAACGUAGUAACAUACUGAUGACCUCAGAUUAGAUAGACUUAUCAAAUUUCUGUUAUUUCCUGAUUGAUAAGAAUAUUAAAUAUGUCUAAAAAUAUUGUGUUACAUUUUGAAGUUGUUGCCUUCACAUUGCAUGCUCUUGUAAUAGCUCUGCUUGCUGCCUCACUGUUAUUAAAAAAUAAUAAUAUAUAAGAAUGUUGAGCCAGGAUAACGUGGUCUGUAUAGUGACUGGUGAGGGGCUGGACAACGGGUUGGAGUUCGAGUCCUGGUAAGGUCAAGAAUUUUCUCUUCACAUCAUCCAGACCGCCUCUGGGGUCCACCCAUCCUAUCCAAUGGGUACUGUGGACUCUUUUCCUGGAGGGGUAAAGUGAUAGAGACACGAAGCUGACCCCACACCCCCAGCUAGUCCUGAGGAUAAGAGAAUGUGGAGCUGUACAUCCACUCUCCAUAUGCCUUCAUGGCAUAAUGCUUAUUAGUUAAGCACAGGGACAAGGACAACUUUACCUUACCUUUACCUUGUAAGAAUGUAAUAAGUGUUCCCAGUAUCUGGCUUUGUGUUGUAACAAAAUUCUCAUCACAUUUCUUGAGUAAUUAAACUUAUUCAUACAUCUGUGUUACAGGGGAUGCUCUUAUAUGUUAUUACCAGUAUUGUAGUGCAGAUUCUUUGUCAGAACAUACAAUGAUUCAUACAAAGAAAUUUUCUGUGAUUGUAGUACUUAUGUUCUAAAUCUUGUUUAAUAAUACAGUCUGUGUUCUUGGAAGCAGUUCAGGUAGUAGGGCAGCUGAAAGUUUCAUCACACAUGAAUUAAUUUUGAAGAGUAAUGCCUGCAUAAUGAAUGAGAAAUCUCUACCUUUUUUAACCCAGUGACUUGUCUAUAUGGUUUCAGUUGAAGGCAGGAGAAUUUUAAUGCUGUAAGCCUUUCCCAGCCAUUCACAGUAGCUGAGUGGUCUGAGGCAUGCACUGCCUUUGCUCCCUUGGAAGCCUGGAUCAUGGGUUCAAAUCCCACUCGGGGCAUGGA